AAUUUAAUGCGGAGACCAAAGGUCAUACCAAAUCAAAAUCAUGUGGCAUAAAAUGGCUCGCUGAAGCUUUGCGAUGUCAGUCGUUUAUGUUGUCUGAGAGUUAGCCCUGAGACUAACCAUCCAACAGGGGGCCUCUUUUACACCCCAGAAGAAACAUUGGAGAGGGAAGUUAAGAGAUGUGGAAAUCAGAUGACAUUGUGGAAGAGGAGAGGCCUAGUAUGCCAUCAGAGGUUUUUCUCCAGCAGCCCGAGGUUCAAGAUGCCCAAGAUGAAAUGGUACUUCAUAGCACCUCGGAGCCAGAAGGGGGAGAGGUAGAAAAAGGAAUAAAAGGAGAAACAGAUGUGAAGAUGGACUGCAAAGACAAACAGAAUGCAAGCCAGCCUGUGUCCCAAAAUCUAGCUAAUCAAAAUCAAGCCUGUCAGACAAGUGAGACUGAGCAUGUUGGAAUGAUAGAACAGGAUUAUGGGACUGAGUUACCUUUAAAUGGCACUAAGGGUGACCUUGACCCGGGUAGUAAACCCCAGGGUGAAUUACCCUGUCCUCACUGUGAGAGAAGGAUUGCGAGUUGUCAAGGCCUACACCGUCACAUACAAACACAUGCUCUUUCAACCUGCCACACACAACGGUUUAAAUCCAGUCGCUGCAGAAGAAAUUUCAGUACAUUGUUAAGUCGUCGGAGGCAUGAGAAAAGACAUGAUAAUCGAUAUAGGAAGACAGAUGAUCUGACAGGUGCCCCUUGCACUGCCAGUCAGAAUAUGCCUGGCAGUGCUGAACCUUUGAAAACAACAUCACAGAACCCAGAGCCAAACAAAUGUAUUAAUGCAGCUGAUGGUGAACAAAAGUAUAAUAAAAACAGUGAUGUCAAAUCCUCAUAUGUCUGCAAGUACUGCAAAAAAACAUUUAGGUCUCAUACUAGUCUAAGGAGACAUCAACGCAGGAUCCAUGAGUACCAUCUUCUUCCUAGAGGAGUUUAUAAGAAGGUCAGAAUCAUUGAAGACCCUGAAGGACAGCAGCUUGUUGAGAAGGCACAAGACAACCAUACUGCUAUCUCACAGUGUGCAGAGGACAUUGAUCAGGAAAGGGAGUACAUGGUUGACAUCUCCAGUAACAUUUCAGAGAAUCUCAGCUUCUACAUAGAUGGGAAAAUUGUCUCAACAAGUGCCAUAAGUAACUGCGAGGUGAUUGAGAUGAACUCUGGCAGCUCUGCUGUGAUAGGAUUAAAUGCUGUUAUAAUAAGUCCAGCUCAAAUUACACAAGCUCUUAAAUCAGAAACCAGUACUAGCAGUUUUACCUCUGACCUGUCUGGGCAGUCCUCAGCCAGACGUAGGACUUCUACCCCACCUUUACUCCCACAAAUAAAAACAGAAUUAGAGUCUGAAUCCAUCUCGAGUACCUCCUCGUCUUCCUUGUCAUCCUUGACACUGUCCCCUACAUCUGGAGCUCCGCUGGUCACUGCUCAUUUAACUCAGUGCAUUGAGACAGUGGCCUUUCACAAGGAAAAAACAAUCUAUCUGUCUCCUCAACUCAAGCAGAUCGUUCAGAAUCAGGAUCGCAGUAAACCAGCAUUUACACUGAUUGCUGAUGACCACAAACUUGGUCCUCCCAUUUUCCUGACUGUUUUACCUGAAACAACAACUAGAUUUAAGAGAAGGACAACCUCCCCUCCCAGCUCACCACAGCAAACCCCUGAUGUGAAUAUAAAAAAGCAAGAUCAGGAUUCUACAAAUGCCAGGAAGUCAAAGUUGGAGAGCCAUGGGUUGAGCCUCUUGGCCAAAGAGGAACCUGAGCCUUUGAAUUCACCCGGUAACAGCUCUGAUGGAGCUCCAAUGCAGGAACCAAUCUUACCGUUGGACUGCUCUGUAUCAAGAACUGGUGGAAACUCCUGUAAUCAACAGCCACUGGACCUCUCAAAUUCUGUGGUUAAGCGAGAGAGCAGCAAUGCCUUAGCAGAGUCCAUUCUGGACUUAAGUAUUAGUGGAAAGAGUUUAGACUGUGACUUAGCUGGAGUCUACCUCAGUCAGCCUGGUUUAAGGAAGAUUAAACCUAACUCUAGUAUGCUUCAGAAGGUGCUUAUGAAUGAGUAUGGUGGGGUAGACAUUCCUUCAGUUGAAGGUCCAGCUACUGCAGGUGUCCUCAGCGUCCCUGACAUAACAAAUCUUGCAGUCGUGGCAGUGUCUGAUGCAGGUCCACCAAAACCUGAAAAGUUUUUGUUCGAGUUGGCUCUUCCUCCUACUUCAAUCAGUCCAACCCCUCCAUUGCUCGCUCCUGUCAGUAUCCAUACAGCUACCCCAGUCCCUUCACCUCAGAGUUCACCUUCACCUCCAACUUUUGUAUCCUUUCUCUCGACUCCCACAGUGGAACCCACUCAGGACGUUCAAACUCUUCAUUCAGCUUUCGUGGUAUCUGACAAUGAACCACCCACAGGGUGUGUAGAAGAGUGUGCUGAUAAUCCGGUACAUCUUUCACAGGGAGAUACAAAAGUUACAAUCCCUGACUGGGGGUCCUCUGCUCCUGGAGGUCUGGAAACCCUUAUACAUGCAGUCCCUUCACUAAAUUUACAAAGCUCUCACUGGGUUGCUGAUCCUGCUGUAUGUGAACUAGCUCAAAGAACAUUGGUUGUAGACUCUGUGUUAGCUUCUGAUGCACAGAUAUUUUCUCCAUCUCUGCCUGUUAACCAGUCCAACAUCACGUCCUUGGCUUUUCCUCCAAACACUGUUGUUAUAGAGUAUACAGUUGAAGUGCAAUCUACAGAAAAUAUUCUUCCAGCUCUCCAGCAUAAUUCGGUUCAAUGCCUCUCAGAUCAAAUUCCUGUUGAUGCAUUACAGCAAGAACUUUAUGUCCCAUCUGAGCCACAAUUUCUGAGUCCUGACACCACCCUACUACCUGAAACCUCCAAACAGUUGGCAUCUACAGAGCAGUCAAAAAGUUCUACAGAUGGUACAUUGACUCUGACUGCUUCCACCAAUGUUGUUGAGUCAGAGAGCAAUGAGAAUGGACAAGAAAAUGUCCAGUCCUCUGAUUUUUCCAAGCAGGAAAACAAAGUUGAAGAAGAAUCAUCUCCCUUGCAUCCUUUUUGCAAGAACUUCAUGUGCAAUGUUUGUGAACAGUCUUUCCAGUCCAUGAAGAUUCUUAGUCAACAUGUAGGUGAGCACUCAAAGGAGUGGCCCUAUAAAUGUGAAUUUUGUGUGCAGUUGUUCGAGAGUGACGCAGGUUUGCUGGAGCACCGAUCCAGUUAUCAUGGCAUUGGUAAAAUUUAUGUUUGUAAAACAUGUUCCAAGGAAUUUGCUUUUCUCUGCAACUUGGAACAGCAUCAGCGAGAUCUCCAUCCUGGUCAAGAGUCCUCACACACCGAAGCAGUACAUGGAAAGUUAAGACCUGAAAACCACAACAGUCCCAAAACUGACAUGAUUGAUCCAGGCCUCCCAAUCACUGAAAUUAAGCAAGAAUCUGACAACACAACCUCAGAAGCAGAGAAGGAUGCCUUGGACAACACUUCUGAGGAGCUGUUCACAACAAUAAAAAUCAUGGCAUCAGGAGCAGUCAAAUCAAAAGGCCAAGUUGUACGUCUAGGCAUUAACCAACAUUACCCAAGUUUUAAACCGCCUCCUUUUCCAUACCACAAUCACACACCAACUGGGACAACAGCAGCAUCGGCCACCAACUUUACCACCCACAACAUCCCUCAGACCUUCAGCACAGCCAUUCGUUGCACCAAGUGUGGUAAGAGCUUUGACAACAUGCCUGAACUGCACAAGCACAUCUUAGCUUGUGCUAAUGCUAGUGACAAGAAGCGAUACACUCCUAAAAAGAACCCUAUACCACUUAAGCAGUUUGCAAAAGUGCAAAAUGGGGUGUUAUCAACUGCAAGGAUUGUUAACAGUAAGCAGAAUCUCUCUCAAAAGGUUGGACAACCAAAAAAAUUUAACUUUCACGAAUCACCAAUUAAGAUAAAAAUGCGUAUCCUGAAUAAGAAGAAACCUCAGCUGGUGCAAAGGGGUAGACCUGCUGGGGGAAGAAAGGCUUUUGCUCAGGAUGACCUGGGCAUUUUUGCAUGUCCUCACUGUAGGAGAGAGUUUACUUACAAUGCUAGUUUAAAGAAACACGUAGCUUUUAGCUGCCCUAUGAGACCAACCAGUAGAAACUCCAAAAAAAGCACACUCAGCAUUGUUUCAGCACAGGAGAACAACGGGAGCCUUCGCAGACAACUUGCAAAUUUGAGCGCAAAGCCACAAGGGUCAGACCAUGGGCCAAAAACAAUAACAAAGAAUCAGAUCAUCAAGCAAAAUUUAGCAGUUGAAACCACUCAUGAUUUUAGGCUUAAAAGAUCUACAGUUCUAUCAACAUCUGUGGUUCAGUCUAGUAAAAAAAGCAAGCCUAUUUCAAAGAGUGGCUUUAUGCCACAGCUGGCUUCAAAACAGAUAGUUCUCUCAUCUGUCGCUCAGGUAAACUCUCAGGAGCCAGGUGUUCGAGUACAUGUUUUAGGAAGAAAAUUGGAGCAGAGAGUGGGUGAUAUAAAGAUACAGCCCAGAAGAGAUGACCGUUUGUCUCUGAGGUUGAGAGAGAGAGUAGGAGGACCCAUUACUCGCAGUGUGCAGCAGUCCAGCACCACAGCAACAGACAGUGACAGCAUCAUCAUGCGCCCUGUCGUUCUUCAAGUCAAGAAAUGAGACUCGUGAAAUAAACAAAAAAUUAUUAUUGA